CCCAGGCCUCCCCGGGCCCGGGAGCAGGAGUCCCAGUUCACGCAUUCUUCAUCUGCUUCCCGCGACGCUGGCGGCCUCGCACCCCGCCUCCUGGAGCCCGGACUUUCAGGCACCGCCCUCAGUGUCGCCUUAGUCCGUCCCGGGACCGCAGACUCUUAGGGCCCCUCUCCUUGGCCAUCUGCCUCUAGGUCCCAGCCUGGGGCCUGAAGCGCUUGCUCUCUACGCUGGGAAAAGGGGAACGAUGGAGCGAUCCAGCACCCAAACUUACCCUGUCCAGGCGACCCACGAAGAUACCCAUGACAUCUCUGCACAGCCCCAGCCUUUUUGGCUUCACCCACUCCGUUCGGGAGUUGGGGACCUGGCCUCUACAUUCCUUAGGGGAACUCCAGCUCCAGGUCUGAGAGUCACUGGAGCUACCAGCAGCACCAUGGGGCCCUGGGGAGAGCCAGAGCUCCUGGUGUGGCGCCCAGAGGCGGUAGCUUCAGAGCCUCCAGUGCCUGUGGGGCUGGAGGUGAAGUUGGGGGCCCUGGUGCUGCUGCUGGUGCUCACCCUCCUCUGCAGCCUGGUGCCCAUCUGUGUGCUGCGCCGGCCAGGAGCUAACCAUGAAGCCUCAGCUUCCCGCCAGAAAGCGCUGAGCCUAGUAAGCUGUUUUGCGGGGGGUGUCUUUUUGGCCACCUGUCUCCUGGACCUGCUGCCUGACUACUUGGCUGCCAUAGAUGAGGCCCUGGCAGCCUUGCACGUGACGCUCCAGUUCCCGCUGCAAGAGUUCAUCCUGGCCAUGGGCUUCUUCCUGGUCCUGGUGAUGGAGCAGAUCACACUGGCUUACAAGGAGCAGUCAGGGCCGUCACCUCUUGAGGAAACAAGAGCUCUGCUGGGAACAGUGAAUGGUGGGCCGCAGCAUUGGCAUGAUGGGCCAGGGAUUCCACAGGCGAGUGGAGCCCCAGCAAGCCCCUCAGCCUUGCGUGCCUGUGUACUGGUAUUCUCCCUGGCCCUCCACUCUGUGUUUGAGGGACUGGCGGUGGGGCUGCAGCGAGACCGGGCUCGGGCGAUGGAGCUGUGCCUGGCUUUGCUGCUCCACAAGGGCAUCCUGGCUGUCAGCCUGUCCCUGCGGCUGCUGCAGAGCCACCUUAGGGCACAGGUGGUGGCUGGCUGUGGGAUCCUCUUCUCAUGCAUGACACCUCUAGGCAUCGGGCUGGGUGCAGCUCUGGCUGAGUCGGCGGGACCUCUGCACCAACUGGCCCAGUCUGUGCUAGAGGGCAUGGCAGCUGGCACCUUUCUCUAUAUCACCUUUCUGGAAAUCCUGCCCCAGGAGCUGGCCAGUUCUGAACAAAGGAUCCUCAAGGUCAUCCUGCUCCUAGCAGGCUUUGCCCUACUCACUGGCCUGCUCUUCAUCCAAAUCUAGGGUGCUUCAAGAGAGGGGUAGGGGAGAUUGAUGAUCAGGUGCCCCUGUUCUCCCUUCCCUCCCCCAGUUGUGGGGAAUAGGAAGGAAUGGGGAAGGGAAGUACUGAGGACCAAAAAAUUCUCUGGGAGCUAAAGAUAGAGCCUUUGGGGCUAUCUGACUAAUGAGAGGGAAGUGGGCAGACGAGAGGCUGGCCCCAGUCCCAAGAAACAAGAGAUAGUCAAGUCGCUAGAGACAUGAUCAGGGGACAUUAGGAUUGGGGAAGACACGACUGCUAGAAGCAGAAGUUGGACACUAUACAUAAGGACAGGCUCACAUGGGAGGCUGGAGGUGGGCACCCAGCUGCUGUGGGACAGCUAUGUAGAGGUCAUAAACCUAGAGUCAGUGUCCUGUUGGUCCUAGCCCAUUUCAGCACCCUGCCACUUGGAGUGGACCCCUCCUACUUUUCUUAGCACCUGCCCUCAUAUCUAUCUCCCUCUUCCCGUCUCCCAGGGGACUAGUGCCAAAUGGUCUCUCCCUGCCAAUUUUGGUAUCUUCUCUGGCCUCUCCAGUCCUGCUUACUCCUCUAUUUUUAAAGUGCCAAACAAAUCCCCUUCCUCUUUCUCAAAGCACAGUUAUGUGGCACUGAGCCCUACCCAGCACCUCAGUGAAGGGGUCCUGCUUGCUCUUUAUUUUGGUCCUGGAUCCUGGGGUGGGGCAGAAAUAUUUUCUGGGCUGGGGUAGGAGGAAGGUUGCUGCAGCCACCUACUGCUACUGUACCCUAGGAAUAUGGGGACAUGGACAUGGUGUCCCAUGCCCAGAUGAUAAACACUGAGCUGCCAAAACUUUUUUAAAUACACCCGAGGAGCCCAAGGGGGAAGGGCAAUGCCUACCCAUAGCGUUAUUUUUGGGGAGGGAGGGCUGUGCAUAGGGCCAUAUUCUUUAGAAUCUAUUUUAUUAACUGACCUGUUUUGGGACCUGUUACCCAAAUAAAAGAUGUUUCUAGACAUC